CACUAUCAGCAGGUUUACGAAAACAAAUUGCAUGUGGAUUUAAUUUAAGAUAAAUAUUUUCAUCGUGAUUUUUAACUGAAAUGCUGUUAAAACAGUUACCACAGACAGUGCAGCAAUUGCGCUGCCUAUCCUCAGCCACCACUGCUGUAACCAGACUGCACCGGUCGGUCUAUUGCCGGUUAUAUCCAACCGUAGUUGUUCAGCCCGAUGGAUCCACGAUAAAUAUUCGUUACCACGAGCCGCGUAAGAUUAUCAAGCUUCCAUUGGAUCUAAGCACAUUAUCUGAUGCAGAACGUAGAGCUAGGCUGGAAGCCCGAAAGCCCCGCAAGAAGGUGAAAAUCAUGGAGGAAGUAGAAGAUAACUUCAAUGCCAAGAAAUACAUGAAGUACAUUAAAAAAAAGUAGAUUUCAUGCCACAUAAA